AUCAAAGAUUUCAACUGAUAGCAAAAAGCACUACUAUGUCUUCUUCUCUAAUCUUCAAGCUUUUCUUUUUUAGUCUUUUCUUCAGUAAUCGACUCGCUUCUAGAUUGGAUUCUGACGAUGAUGGAAAAAACAUUUAUAUUGUAUACAUGGGGAGGAAGCUAGAGGAUCCUGAUUCUGCUCAUUUACAUCAUAGGGCAAUGUUGGAACAAGUUGUUGGCAGCACUUUUGCUCCAGAAUCUGUGCUCCACACUUACAAGAGAAGUUUCAACGGAUUCGCAGUGAAACUUACUGAAGAAGAAGCUGAAAAGAUUGCCAGUAUGGAGGGUGUGGUGUCUGUGUUUUUAAAUGAAAUGAACGAACUUCAUACGACAAGAUCAUGGGAUUUUCUGGGUUUUCCACUAACUGUUCCUCGUCGAAGUCAAGUGGAAAGCAACAUAGUUGUUGGAGUUUUGGACACCGGAAUCUGGCCGGAAUCUCCCAGUUUCGACGAUGAAGGGUUCAGUCCUCCACCACCCAAAUGGAAGGGCACUUGUGAAACCUCCAACAACUUUCGUUGCAACAGAAAAAUUAUUGGAGCUCGAUCAUAUCACAUAGGCCGUCCCAUUUCACCCGGUGAUGUGAAUGGUCCAAGAGACACAAAUGGACACGGGACGCACACUGCAUCAACAGCGGCUGGUGGUCUAGUUAGCCAGGCAAAUCUAUACGGUCUCGGGCUCGGGACGGCAAGAGGAGGAGUUCCCUUAGCGCGAAUCGCUGCAUACAAGGUAUGCUGGAAUGAUGGUUGCUCUGAUACAGACAUUCUUGCAGCAUAUGACGAUGCCAUUGCGGAUGGAGUCGAUAUUAUAUCUCUUUCAGUGGGUGGGGCUAAUCCACGACAUUAUUUCGUUGAUGCCAUUGCCAUCGGAUCUUUCCAUGCAGUAGAGAGAGGAAUAUUAACAUCCAAUUCUGCUGGGAAUGGAGGCCCUAAUUUCUUCACCACCGCAAGCCUGUCUCCGUGGCUUCUGUCUGUUGCUGCAAGCACCAUGGACAGAAAGUUUGUCACACAAGUACAGAUUGGUAAUGGACAGAGCUUUCAGGGAGUUUCAAUUAACACAUUUGAUAAUCAAUACUAUCCCCUUGUUAGUGGGCGUGAUAUACCCAAUACUGGUUUCGAUAAGUCCACCUCAAGGUUCUGCACGGACAAGUCAGUGAAUCCCAAUUUGUUAAAGGGAAAAAUUGUUGUUUGUGAAGCGAGUUUCGGUCCUCAUGAAUUCUUUAAGUCCUUGGAUGGUGCAGCGGGUGUCCUCAUGACAUCAAAUACGAGGGAUUAUGCAGACUCCUAUCCCUUGCCUUCUUCCGUUCUCGACCCAAAUGAUCUCCUUGCCACUUUGCGUUAUAUUUAUUCAAUUCGCUCUCCUGGUGCAACCAUUUUCAAGAGUACCACAAUCCUCAAUGCAUCUGCACCUGUUGUUGUUUCCUUCUCAUCCAGGGGUCCUAAUCGUGCAACUAAAGAUGUUAUUAAGCCAGACAUAAGUGGUCCAGGAGUCGAAAUUCUAGCAGCAUGGCCUUCUGUUGCACCAGUUGGUGGAAUCCGUAGAAACACACUUUUUAAUAUAAUCUCAGGAACAUCAAUGUCUUGUCCACAUAUCACUGGAAUUGCAACCUACGUUAAAACAUACAAUCCUACUUGGUCUCCUGCUGCCAUCAAGUCAGCACUCAUGACAACCGCUUCACCCAUGAAUGCUAGGUUCAAUCCACAGGCAGAGUUUGCAUAUGGUUCAGGCCAUGUUAACCCGCUAAAAGCAGUAAGACCUGGGUUGGUUUAUGAUGCAAAUGAAAGCGACUACGUUAAAUUCUUGUGUGGUCAAGGUUACAACACCCAGGCGGUUCGACGUAUCACCGGAGACUAUAGUGCUUGUACUUCUGGUAAUACUGGUAGAGUAUGGGAUUUAAACUAUCCUUCUUUUGGACUUUCAGUAUCUCCUUCACAGACUUUCAAUCAAUACUUCAACAGAACUCUCACGAGUGUCGCCCCUCAAGCAUCAACAUAUAGAGCUAUGAUCUCUGCCCCACAAGGCCUUACUAUCUCAGUGAAUCCUAAUGUUCUAUCAUUUAAUGGCCUUGGAGAUAGAAAAUCUUUUACCUUGACAGUUCGAGGAUCAAUAAAAGGAUUUGUAGUGUCAGCUUCUUUGGUGUGGAGCGAUGGUGUACACUAUGUGAGAAGCCCUAUAACCAUCACAAGUCUAGUUUAAUGACUUUUGCCUUUUUGAAAUAAAGAAAAAGGAGUUAAAAUAAAAAGAAAGUGAAAGUGUGGGAAAGAAGUAUCGCAUUUCUUCCAUUACUCUUUCAUUUUUGUUUGUUCUUUGUCAUCUAGGUAAGGUGGUGGCGACUUUUGAAAUAAGUGUGUGUCUAUACUGUCACUAUUAGUAAUAAAAAAGUGUUCUCUUUGCUCGCGAUCA